AUGGCAACAGACGACAGGGAGGUGAUGGAAGUCCAGGGGGCGGGAGAAAGCUGCCCGACCUUCCCCAAGAUGGCGCCUGAUGACCCCAUGUCUGAAGGGAAGUUGAGGGCGGCUUUGGAGGCAGAGGCCCCUAAGCCAGACUCUUCCUACGACUACCUGGAGGAGCUGGAAACUUAUGAGAACAGAGACGACCCAGGGCCACCUAAGUCGCUGUCCCCCAAAGCUGGCCCGACCACCAAGGGCCAGGCGGGGGAUGGACCUGAACUUACGAAACUGCCUUGGGCCCUGGGGACCUCGGGGACUAAGUGCAACGUCGAGAUGGAGCUGGAGAGGGUGCGCAUGGAGUUCGAGCUCACACGGCUCCGGUACCUGCAUGAGGAGAAUGAGCGCCAGCGGCAGCACGAGGAAGUGAUGGAGCAGCUGCAGCAGCAGGCGACGCCCCACCUGUUCUCAGGAGGCCUCCAGGACCUCCUGCUCCCCCAGAACCAGUUUGCCAUGUUCCUGUACUGCUUCAUCUUUAUACACAUAAUCUAUGUCACCAAGGAGAUAAUCUUCUUUCUCUUCUCCAAGCACUACCUGUUCUGCAUCGCAGGCAUUUUGCUCUGUUUGAUUAAAACUUUAUGCACAUUAUGUUCCUACAUCAUCACCAUGCUCCCAAGAUCUGACCCUGAAGGAUCUCACAGCCUUUCUGAGGAGAUGAGCCCAAGGCACAUGGAAAACGUAAAGACCUCAAUGGUGAAGGAGAGCGAAGAACGAGAGGUCCCUGGAGCCCAGGGAGAAAGAAAGUCUUCUCAAAAGAGCAGCCCACAAGAGCAGAUGACCGACUACCAGCAGGUCCCUUAA